GUCGGUGCAGAAAUUUUUGCUCCACAACAAUUAGUAAACAGUGAACAAAGACGUAGACAAUUUUAUUGCCGCUGUAAAUAUCAAUCUACAGGGAUAAUUAGGCAUAAACAAUCGAUUUCGGGGUCUCAGAGUUGUGUAUAAUAAUUGAUAACUCAAUCCAGAUGGGGAAAAGACGAAGUUUGCAGUCGUCGACGCAGAAUAAAGUGAAGAUUGAGGUUAAAGACGAAGCUCCUGACAAUGAAGUCGAUGUGGCUCGACAUCGUUUCAAAGGUGCCCUUCGAGAGCUCAAACAUCACAGCGAAUCGGCUUCGUCAGAAUCGAGUGAUGAAAGCCCACCCCCGGACUACAAAGCGGGUAAAAGAGUUCAGAAACCGAACUAUUCGUCUCCAAAGCCAAAAAUCCGACGUCGUCGACCCCUGCCCAAUGAACAAUUGUUCCAUCACACGUAUGUCAUGAAACUUUUCGAUAGGAGUGUUGAUUUAGCACAAUUUCGGGAAGAUACACCGCUGUAUCCAAUUUGUCGUGCGUGGAUGGCUAAUCAACCCAGAAAUCCCAAUCUUGUGCCAAAAAUUCGCAGUCCCAGUCCGGAAAUAGUGAAUGAAGUGCACUCGGAUAAUCUUCUGCUCGAUGAAAAUGGUGAACUCCGUGAUGUCUACAACUUACCCGCCCCCCAGCAGCGCCAGGAAAUCUUCCCCAAGAAUCGAAUACCAUCGCCUAUUCCUCUGCCGAAAGAGAAACUCAAUCUGGAUUAUGAUGGACAGACCUUAAAAUCGCGUGAGGUCCUCAUGAAGGAACACAGGAUGCACUGGGGACAGGUCAGAAGGAAAUGGCAUCAGCAGACUCACAAAAAUGAACAGCGAUUUGCCAAGAGUGCUUACAUAUUGAGCACUAUAUUUAAGAGGGCACAGUCUGAAUUCGAAUAAAUAUUCACCGCAGCAUUGAUUAAUGAAAACGCCAAGUAAAAUGAUAUAAUCACAAUGAAAUGAUUGACGAAUCCUCAGAUGAAUAAUGAUGAUUUUUGGAAGGAAAUCCGGACCACAGAUGACUUUUUUUCAACAAUUCAAACGUUAUUUUUUUUCACCACUCAUUCACAUGUUAAUAGAAAACAAGUGAAUGAAUAAGUUAUAUCAUUGAUUUCUUCAAAUUCAGGUGUUUCUUUUUUUUAAUUAAUUUAUUUCAAAUAUAAAACAGUUCACGAAAA